AUGCAUAAGAAAAGCAUGGAAGCGGCGGCUCAUCUGGAGCAAGUCGAGAAAUCUAGCGAUGUCAGCGAGAGCGACAGCGAAGACGGACCAUCAAGCCGCAGUUCGAUGAACGCUGGCAUAAGGCCUCACUACAACGAUGAGAAGCUGAUCGGACAGCUUAGCCAACAGCGAUCACUGAUGGACCAUAACAUGCACAAUCACCACGGGGCUUUCGUCUUACCCACCCAUGCGAAGCUUUACGAACAAUGA